CUGGACGUUGUCUUCUCUCGGAACACGCGGCGCACUCCUCUCGUAAAAGCGGCACCAACCCUCUGUAUCUGUAGACGGUGCCAGAGUCCACGCUCCGGAAGAAAAAGGCACCACCUUUGUUCGCCCUUCUCCUCUCCCUCGUGACACCACUCCCAGAGAAAGAGAGAGACAGAUGGCGAUGCGGGCGGUGGCGGUGCUGCUGCUUCUGGCGGUGGCGAGCGUGCUGGCGGCGGGCGCGGCGGCGCAGUCGACGGGCACGCCGGCGUGCGCGUCCAAGCUGACGGGCUGCGCCGGCUACAUGAACGGCACGGACGCGCAGAAGCCGCCGGAGACCUGCUGCGGCCCGCUCCGGGACGCCGUGAAGAACGAGAAGCCCUGCCUCUGCGCGCUCUACGCCUCGCCCGAGAUCUUCAAGGCCUUCAACAUCAACGUCACCGACGCGCUCCGCCUCUCCAAGCGCUGCGGCGUCUCCGAGGACGUCAGCAGCUGCCCCAGCACCUCUCUGACGAAGUCUCCUCCAGGUUCGAGUUCUUCUCCAUCAGGUGGCGCUCCAUCAGGUGGCAAGAGCGCCGGGCACCCUACCAUGUCGGCCAGCUUCGCGGGGCUGAUGAGCCUCUUCCUGGUCCUGUGGUCUGCACUGGCAUAAGAAAUCGGCGAUUCGGCAUGCUAGACAUGUUCUUCUUUCGGCUUAUAUCCCAUGGUAGAUGAGCUGCAGCUCUGGUGGUAGUUCUUGGUGGUGUCGCCGCGUUUGUUUUUGCUGUGUAUUGGUUGGUGUUGCCAGUUCAGUAGACUUGCUGUGAAUAAGGAUUUCGGCACUCUCUUCAGACCUGUGAUGACCAGAGCAGAGUGGGCAUUGUGUGAGACGUAUUUCGGCUUCA